AUGAUUGUUCAUGAUCAUGAUCACAGACAAAAUAGAAAAAUGCCAAGACAAUUUAAUAAUGAAGAUUUAGAAAAUAUAGACAAAAUAGAGGAUCUACCAUCAGUUUCUACUACUAGCUUGCUUAAUAGAUUGUCACAUUUAUUGAUUCAAGGUUCAAACAUUUUAAUUAAACAACAAGAGUUAAAAAUAAGUUUCACAGUUUUAGAUGAUAUUGAAAAAAGCUUGGCAGAUAGAAGUUAUAACAAUGAUGAUGAUUUCUUUUGA